AUGGCUACCGCAGAGUCCUCGCGGACGAUUAACCAUAAGCUCAACGAAUUGUUGAGCAAAAGCAAUAUAUCCAAAUCCAAGCUAGAUGCUUCCACGGCCUUGAACUACCUGGCCAUCUUGAAGUCCAACAUUUUGGGUAAAGACAAACAAGAAAAGGUCAACUCUAUUGUGGUUCUUGCUAAAUUGCUCGACUGCAUUUCAGCUCCCGGAUCUGAGGCCGUGCUGCCUCACUUCGUGGAUAUUUUGGACGAAACUUUGUUCAAUUCUUUGUUUUCUAUCGUCUCCACAAAAAUGUCCACCGAGACUUACAAGGCUAUCCUUAAAAUUGCUGUCAUUUCACUUUCUGGUGGGCCAUACCCGCCCAAAUUUGGUGAUACCUCCAUUGAUAUCCAUCUUCCACUUUAUCAAAGUCUUGUUACAUAUUUGGAUGUAAUCGAUGUGUUCACUGCCAAAUUGUACUUGUCUGACACCAAAAUCUUACUUAAUUCCAUUAGAUUGGUUAACGAGCUCAUAAACAAGGCAUUAAGGUUCAAGUAUGAUCGUAUCAUUACCUUGACUGGUCGUCUUAAGCAUGUCAAGUUUUUCUCUACUGUGGGGAACUUGAUUGAGACCACGGAUGCAUUGAUCUUGGAGGCCAUCACUGCUUUAGAGGAGACCUACUUCAACUUGAACGAGUAUCUCAGCAAGACCCACUUCGAGAUGUCAUACGUAUCGCACCAGGUGAUGUUAACCAAUUUAUUCAUUUUCUUGGAUGUUUCUUUGAAUGAAUUUGGUACCCCUGCUUCUACAGAAGAGUACGUGAAAGCUGGCUUCAGCUCUAAUCCCAGAAAGUUUGUUGUUGACAAUUUCACCAUUUUGUUGGCCAUGGACUUGAAGGUCUUCUUGAAGGAUCCGAACAUCACGUUCAAAAAGAAGUUUCAUGAGGAAUUGAUCAUGAGUGACCACCACAGAACCUUUCCUUUGUAUUUGUUCAUCAGAAAGUGUACAGAUCUUUGGCUCCGCAUUUUUCAUCAGAAGAAAAGAUACCCCCGCAUCAACGGUCAUAUUUUAUCGUGGGAGCUCAUGAUUUACUACUCCAUGAACAACUGUUUGCUCUUGUGGCAAAACACAAAGUCAAAUUUGGAGAAUCCAGAGGACAUUGAGGGUAUUAUUCAGUUGCUUGAAUCCAAUGUCGAGUUUUUGGAGGAGGCUCUUGCAUCCAACCCAAGCAUUGAAGAAUGUCUCGAGGUAUUUACUGCCAGAUCCACAGAGGAUAUUAGACAUGCGCAAUUCCUUGAAACAAAGAGAGUGCACUCUGACUUGUGGAGACCACGCUUUCACGAAUUUGACCGUAAUUUGGCUCAGGAAGUCAAAGAUUUCGUGUGUGAGCAAAGAGUGAUGCAAUUGCUAAAAGGUUCGUGGGUUCACACAGAAUCACACGCAGACCGACUCUUCAAGAAUACCCCGAGACUGCCCACAGGCAAAAAUUAUUACUUUAUUAUCUUGAGUCCUAACAGACGCUCCCUUUACUACAAAGAAUUUUCGGCAAUUGCCACAAACAAGCCCUCAUAUGAGGAGAUGGAGAGCCAGUCUAUAAACUUGAGAGAGAUUGCUGAGUUGAAGUCGAUAAGAAUUGGAAACCUGGUAGGUGAAGCUGAUAAGGCCAAAAACUCGAUGUUGAUUUCAGUGAAGGGUACUAUUUCGUAUGAAAAGAUAAUUCUUUUGGACAAGUUCGGAAAGCCGCUUUUGAGCUUUUACACAGACUCUGAAGACAAUAAGGCUGUGUGGCUAGAUGGUUUGAAGAUGUUGAAAGGAUUGGCCGAUGGUAAGCAUCUUUCUGCUGAAACGUCGCUGCAACUCACAUCCUUGCAAGAGAUCAGAAGAAACACACAGUUACUUGUUUUAGAAGGAAAGCAAUUUACAUCUGUGGCCCCUGACAGUGAAGACUCAGAUGACGAAGAUUACUACGACUUGGUGGAGUUGACCAACGUGCUGGAGGGCUUUCACUUCGUGUAA